AGCGUUUCGGAAGAUUCUAGUCGGGUUUUCGAACACGCGCAGCCAAAAUGAUGGGAAGACCGGUCCUCGUGUUGAGCCAGAAUAUGAAAAGAGAGUCUGGACGCAAAGUUCAGACAGGAAAUAUCAGUGCAGCAAAGACAAUAGCAGAUGUGAUUAGGACAUGUCUUGGACCAAGAGCCAUGAUGAAGAUGUUACUGGACCCCAUGGGUGGCAUUGUAAUGACCAACGAUGGCAACGCUAUCUUAAGAGAGAUCCAGGUGCAGCAUCCGGCAGCCAAGUCUAUGAUCGAGAUCAGCCGCACGCAGGAUGAAGAGGUGGGAGACGGCACCACCUCCGUCAUCAUCCUGGCGGGUGAGAUGCUGUCGGUUGCGGAGCAGUUCCUGGAGCAGCAGAUGCACCCGACGGUGGUGAUCAGCGCAUACAGGCACGCCCUGGACGACAUGCUCACCAUGCUGAAGGAGAUCAGCACCCCUGUAGAUGUGAACAACAGGGAGAUGAUGCUGAAGAUCAUCAACUCGGCCAUCAACACGAAGGCGCUGAACCGCUGGUCCGAUCUGGCCUGCAACAUCGCGCUGGACGCCGUGCGCACCGUGGAGCUGGAGGAGAACGGCCGCAAGGAGAUCGACAUCAAGAAGUACGCCAAAGUGGAAAAGAUUCCAGGUGGGAUCAUCGAGGACUCGUGUGUGCUGAAGGGCGUGAUGGUGAAUAAGGAUGUGACUCACCCGCGAAUGCGCCGCCUCAUUAAGAACCCCCGAAUCGUGCUGCUGGACUGCUCCCUGGAGUACAAGAAGGGCGAGAGCCAGACGGACAUUGAGAUCACUCGUGAGGAGGACUUUGCGCGGAUCCUGCAGAUGGAGGAGGAGUACAUCCAGCAGAUCUGCGAGGACAUCAUCCGCCUCAAGCCUGACCUCGUCUUCACUGAGAAGGGCGUCUCCGACCUGGCUCAGCACUACCUGAUGAAGGCCAACAUCACCGCCAUCCGCCGCGUCAAAAAAACCGACAACAACAGAAUCGCCAGAGCGUGUGGGGCCCGCAUUGCCAGCCGGACAGAUGAGCUGCGAGAGGAGGAUGUAGGAACAGGGGCAGGGCUUUUUGAAGUGAAGAAGAUCGGGGACGAGUACUUCACCUUCGUCACCGAGUGCAAGGACCCCAAGGCCUGCACCAUCCUGCUCAGGGGAGCCAGCAAGGAGAUCCUGGCGGAGGUGGAGCGCAACCUCCAGGAUGCCAUGCAGGUGUGUCGCAACGUGCUGUUGGACCCCCAUCUGUUACCUGGGGGCGGGGCGGUGGAGAUGGCAGUGUCCCACCGCCUGACCGAGCGCUCCCGCGCCCUCACUGGGGUGGAGCAGUGGCCCUACCGUGCUGUGGCCCAGGCCCUGGAGGUCAUCCCCCGCACCCUCAUCCAGAACUGUGGGGCCAGCACCAUUCGCGUGCUCACCUCCCUCAGAGCGAAGCACACUCAGGAGGGCAACCUGUCCUGGGGGGUGAAUGGGGAGACAGGCGCCCUGUCUGACAUGACGGAGCUGGGCAUCUGGGAGCCGCUGGCUGUGAAGGCCCAAACGUACAAGACGGCUGUGGAGACGGCCAUCUUGUUGCUGCGUAUUGAUGACAUUGUGUCGGGACACAAGAAGAAGGGAGAGGAGCAGUCCGGGGGAGGCCAGGGUGCAGAGUAGAGGGAGAGCGGAUUGGGGGAAUGGGGUUUGGAGGUGAGAAGAAACAAAAAAAAAAAAAAAAAAAACAGCGGAGUGUGACAGUGUCCGCCAUGCUAUCUCCCACUGCAGUCUUUCACGUGAACCAAGGCUAGUGGUGUUCCUCAGCUGUUGUCAGACUUGGUUGCAGCCUAAACCAAGGAUGUGAUUCAUAUCAAUGAUGAUUCAUCUCCCUGUUGCGCAUUUUUAUUUCCCUGCAUAUGUGGCGAGGCCACGUUGUACUGGAAUGCAAUCGGUAACUUGUAGUUGAAUCGCAGUUGGAAUGUCGGUCUGGCCCCGUUCAUAGGAGCUUAAAAUCAAACAAAGCGACUGCGCAAUGGACUGUCUCCAGUCCUUUUUCCUGUAGGAUGCCCAGCUGCUUCUGGUUGUCCGUUUAGUGGUCAGUGAGGAGUUGCAGGCGCUGUGCACUGCUUUUUGUUUCAAGUGUGUAGAUCCUGCCGAGCACUGCGGUCCAUGCAGGGUGAGGUGGGUUUUCUGCUCCCUUUUGGGCUGUUUCCAUCCCCAGACUGAUAAGACGAUAUUUAUACUUAUAUGCAUAGCUAUUCCAUUUGUUGUAACGAGCCUGUGGAACUACAUCCAUGGUACAAAUAUGGCAUUUUUCACUGUAAAAUUAUAACCUUACAAGGUAAUGUACUGUUUCUUAUCAGUAUUUGAAAAAAGUAAAGAAAUGUGCAGUCUCCUUCAAACCCUGGAUGUGUGCAUCCACCCAAACACUUCACUCCAUUGCUGUUUAUGAACGUUGUUUUGUUUUUG